AGCUAAUAAUUAGCUAAAUUAAAUAAUUAAUACGCGCAGCAUUUAUGUAGUUUUAAUAAAACACACGAAAGGAAUAUGGAUAUGGAAGAUGCAGAGUGUAAUUGAUUGUGUUGAGGAAGAUACAUAACUUUUGUUGGUUAGCCAGGAUUAUUUAUAGAAUUUAACCAUGGCGAAGCCAUCGGCACCGAAGAAUCCAGUGUUUUUAAAAUCGCUAGGUUUACAGGCUGCAUCACAGAAAGAGGAAAGUUUAUAUGUACCAGGUUUCAAACGUACUAUCAAACAAUAUAUUCCAUCAGUACCACCUGAUAUUAAGCUGCACGAAUGUUUGGAUUGUGGAGACAAAUUUGUUCUCAAGUCUUCCUACGAUAUGCACGUGAACAGGCACACAGCCACAAUAGAACAUGUUUGCAAAAUAUGCCGACAAGCAAAUGUCUUUCUCAACCCUUGUCAAGUUUUAUCCCAUGCAAGAAAACACACAAACUACAGUUUGAAUGUAAAUCAAGAAAAUCUUAAUCACAUUACAAUAACGCCUAUAACACAAUUGCAGUUCAAGACAUCUUGCCUAAAGUUCUAUGAUAAUGAUCUGGAUCAGGCUAUGGAAGACUUUACGGGGGUGCGAUUGACACCAAGUAGUAGUAGUAGUAGUAGUAGUUUGCAACAACCAGCAAUUAAUGUACCAGAUUUGCAACAGCCACCUCAAGGACUUUUGAUUUUACCCAACCAGAAUGGUGUGCCGAAUUUAAUUAAUCCGUUUUCUAAUCAUAAUUUCAUUCUGACUGAUAAUGGUCUGGUGGCUGUGCCUAAUGUAGCGCCUAAUUUGAGUCCAUUCCAAAUACAAGCACCAAUUGCACCAGUGCAAGAACCGGUUAACACUAAUCCUGCACCACCUCAGAAAGUUGAGAUUAAGGAAAAUAUGAAUGGGGGUUCAAAAUCCUUGCUUAAAACACAAAAGAAAGUGGCUGAAAUCAAAACUGCAUCACCAGCAAGACAAGAAUCAUCUGCCACAUCGACUCCUGAGCCUGCAAGAAAACCUACAGUUAAAAUAAAAGACAUAGGGUCUUUACUAAAACCUUCAGUGACUUCCAAUUUGCAACAAGUCAAGACCGGACCUAGUCCAGUUGUUGCAUGGGCCACAACCGGUGAUAGAAUUUGCAUGGAAUGUAAUAACUAUGUUAAACCGUCUUUGUCUCUAAAAGAACAUUAUUCAACAUUGAUUGGAAUGUCCAUACCGCCUACUUGUAAAAUUUGCCAGAUUCAAUUACCGAGCAAGUGUGCUUUAUCUUGUCAUAUGCGUGUGCAUUCAGAACAACCGCCUUUUAUUUGUCCAGAUUGUGUACUCAAAUUCCCAACGUACGGCCAAUUGUUUGAACACAUGACUAAAGUCUGUUUUCACCUUGAUAAGCGUGUUAGGCAAAAAUGUCCGGUUGAGAAUUGCAAAGCCAAAGUUUUUCCCAAUGUUGUGGCAUAUAAAAAGCAUUUAGUAACAUUACACACCAGGUCGAUAUUUAAAUGCAACUUGUGCCCGAUAGCUUGUUACACAGAAAUUUCUUUAAAUACUCAUAUGAAUGAAAAGCAUUUUGGUUGUUCGGAGACUGCCAGUCCGUACCACCAGUGCUCGUUGUGUCCGGAUAGACUAAUUCCUAAAUCUAGGUUUGAACAACACAUUGAAGAACAUGUACAAACUGCUCCGAAAAUGAAUAUGUAUUUGUGUAAACACUGUAACAAAUUCAAUAUGAUGAGAAAUAAUCAUGUUGUGCAUAUUGCAAAUUGUCAAGGCCAAAAAACUGUUAAGAGACCUCAAGCGGAAGACAGCAUCAGCAUAGGUGGUGAUGCGAAAAAAAUUAAACUGGGCGAAGUUAAAGCACCAGCACCUGUACCAACACCUGCUCCAACUCCGACAUCAACUCCAACACCAGCACCGGACAAAUGUGUGAUUAAAUUGAAUGUAUCGAAAGCAGAUGCUUUGAGGUCUGAAGCCAGUCCAAAAGUAGUCCUUACACCUUUACUUAACGGGGUAAAAAAGACAGUAAAAACUAAUUGUUUUGAUUGCAAACGUGAACUAAGUUGCACAUUUACUGGAGAACAUGAACGACAACUACCUAUCAGAUGUCCACAAUGUUACAAAACCACUUCGAAGCAGCAAAUGAAUAAACUGCCGUGUCCUGCUUUGGUUAAAAUCGACACCAAAGUACCUAACAAGGAUAAAAAGUUGGUAAAACCUGAAAGCAAACCUGUGGACAGAAAGUUGAUUGAAGUUGAUGUUGAGGAGGUGCGUCCUAAAAAAAUUGUGGAGCUGGACGUUGAACGAAUGAGUGAAUACACUUGGACUGUCAAGAAUAAAGUGCAAAGUCUAUUAAAGGAUAAUGGAGAUAAACAAAAUGAUGUAACUGUGAUAAAACUGGAGAAACCUAAUGGCAACAAAGGUUUGUCAAUAUUACCAAGUAGUAUAAAGAUAAUACCCAGAAAAUCUUUGGACAAGGAAACAAAACCUGAUAAAACUGACCUGACAAACACUGUCGGACCUCCUAGACCAGAUACACCUUCACAAGACAUACCCAAACCUGAUGAAACAAAAGACUUGGCAGAUACCGAUGAUGACAAAAUGAUAAUUGAUGAAACCAAGCAAUCUGAAACUGAACAAACCAGUACAAGUCCUUUACCUCUAUCCCCCGACUCAGAAGACUCCACCUCCAAAGACUUCCUAUGCGCAGUGUGCCAAUUCACCACCCAAGACCGUGACCAGUUCAAAUUCCAUGUAGCAACUCACCGAGACGUGGACACAGCCUACCAGUGCAUGGAGUGCGGUCUAAGUUUUGCAGUCAAACCCACUCUGGCUAAACAUUUGGCAAUGAAGCAUCUGAUAGAGGACAUCGAUAACUACAUUGCCUGCAACACGGAUUGUGUGGACAAGGAAGCGGUGAGAGCUGCCUUGGCAAGUGUUAUUGUGGGUACGACUGUGGAGGACGUUGUGGAAAAUCAGUGCAAGAUUUGUAAGGAGAAGUUUGAGACGGCUGCUGACCAUGAUAAGCAUUUUAGGGUGCACGGUAUGGCUUUUUUGAAACAGAAGGAAUUUGAUAAAAUUACUUCGGAGAGUUAAAUGAGAUAUGUUUAGUGAUUGACAAAUAAUAAUUGAAUGAUGAUGUUAGACGAAACUAUUGAAAGUGGAGUUUAGUUUAUAUACAAUUAUGUGCAACAGUGAUUAAUGAAUUCAUU